AUGGAAGAGUUUAUGGAGGACCAACAUUGCGGAGACUCGCUCUUCCCAAACUCCACCCUCAUUCCAGUAACCAUCAUCUGCCUCCUGCUCUUCGUUGUUGGAGUGACCGGCAACACAAUGACCAUACUCAUCAUACAGCGCUUCAAGGACAUGAAGACCACCACAAACCUCUAUCUCUCCAGCAUGGCCAUCUCAGACCUAGUCAUCUUCCUCAGCCUCCCCUUUGACCUCUACCGCCUCUGGAAGUAUGUACCUUGGGUCUUCGGGGAGCUUGUGUGCCGUCUUUCACACUACAUCAACGAAGGUUGCACCAAUGCUACUGUCCUCCACAUCACGGUGCUGAGCAUGGAGCGUUACCUGGCCAUCUGCUUCCCUUUCAAAGCCAAAGCUGCCAUCACCAAGCGGAGGGUCAAGUAUGUCAUCCUGGCGCUGUGGGGCUUCGCCCUGCUCUCCGCCGCACCAAUUUUAUUCCUGAUGGGUGUGGAAUAUGAGAACGAGACGAUGCCCGAUCCGAACACGCGACAGUGCAAGCACACUCGCUACGCUAUUGACUCUGGGCUGCUCCACACCACUAUCUGGGUGUCAACAGCCUACUUCUUCUGCCCCAUGUUCUGUCUGCUCUUCCUCUAUGGGUCCAUCGGGCGUAAGUUGUGGAAGAGCCGUAAUGAGCUUCACGGGCCCAAUGCGGCAGCCAGGGAGAGGGUUCACCGACAGACCAUCAAGAUUUUAGCUGUGGUUGUGUUGGUAUUUGCCAUCUGUUGGCUGCCCUACCACAUCGGUCGAUUCCUCUUCACACAUGUGGAUGACUACCACUCUGCCCGCCUCAGUCAGGACUUCAAUGUGGCCUCAAUGGUGCUGUUUUACGUCAGUGCCUCGGUUAACCCCGUACUCUACAACCUCAUGUCCAACAAGUAUCGAUCCGCUGUCAAACGCCUCUUCCUGUUGCGCCGCAGACUCCACCACAGGCCUGAUCAGAGGCACCUCUCAUCGCGUGAUGACAUCACUGCAUUUACGGAGACUUUCACCGGGGUGAAAGAAACCAUGAUGACAGAGGAGGGCUUACAGUAA